AUGGAAAUUUCUGAGAGUACGAGGAUUCUUUUCGAGAAAAUUCAAAGAUUUGAGCCGGAGUAUGCUCCAAGGAUCAUUAGCAAUCUCCUUAUGCAAGAACAUAGUGAACAAGAGAUUGCUAACUUAGCUUCAUUACCAGAUCAUGUGAUCCAUGAACUUUCGGUUAAAGCGAGAAUCAGAAUUGAAAUGUUGGCUACUCGAUUAGCAAUCUCGGCCGCGGGAAAUCCUUCGCCAGCAAGUUUCCAGGUUCAAUCUCCCUUUUACAAUAUGCAUGAUGGAAAUACUAGUUCAGAUUUUAUGUCAGUAGGUUAUAUGGAUUCCGUCACCGAACAACAAACUCGUACCUCAUUGUUCGGUUCGGAGAAUCAUCGAUAUUUAGAUAGUGUAAUAAAGUCUACAACAGCUAACUUUAAUCUCUAUAAUAACUACUACUUAGAAUAUGUUUCAAGAGUUUCCGGUUUGAAUAGAAAAAACGGUAAAUUUCCAUUCAAAACAUGUUACUAUUUCAGCAAAGGAUAUUGUAGACAUGGAAAUAGUUGUAGGUUCUAUCAUAAUGGACAAUCUGUUUCUGAGCUUUAUGGAAACAAUGAUGCUGCUGCUAACGACGAACAAGUGAUUUCGCUCGGAUCAUUGGCGAAACUAGAGUCGGAAAUCGUCGACCUUUUGAAACAAAGAGGAAAUCCUAUUUCAAUUGCUUCACUUCCAAUGGCAUACUAUGAUAAGUACAAAAAGGCCUUACAGGCAGAAGGUUACCUAGCGGAGAGCCAGCGACAUGGUAAGUCGGGCUGCAAUUUGACAAGGCUGCUGAUUCGAUUGAGAAACAGCAUUCGGCUAAUCGACCGGCCUCAUGGGCAGCAUGCGGUGGUUUUGGCCGAAGAUGCGGCGAAAUUCAUGGGAAAGACAGAUUGUCAAAAUAUUAGUGCUUCACAACAACUUUACUUGACAUUUCCAGCUGAUAGCACUUUCUCUGAAGAUGAUGUAUCAAACUACUUUAGAACUUUUGGGUCCGUUGUAGACGUAAGGAUUCCGUGCCAGCAGGAAAGGAUGUUUGGAUUUGUGACAUUCGUUCAUCCAGAAACUGUGAAAACCAUUCUGGAGGAGGGAAAUCCUCACUAUGUUCGUGGAUCGCGAGUUCUUGUGAAACCUUACAAGGAGAGGUCAAAACUUGUUGAUAGGAAGUACCCAUAUCGAUUCGAGCACCAUGUUCAUUAUUCACCGCAAUAUGUUGACUUCGAUGCUGAAAUCACUUCAAGUCCAAUGAGUUGUGGAAAUACUCGGUAUCAGACAAGGCUUCAAAUUGACGAGCAAAACCGAUUCUUUGAAUUGCAGAGAAGGCGUCUUGCAAUGUUGCAAGUUGCCCAAAGAUCUCUGUCUAGUCCAACCCAUUUAGGCAUCGACAUGAAUGGAUCAAGAGUUUCAGAUGAUAAUCUCAAUGUCCAGCUCCAGCCCACCGAAUCUUUCAGUUAUGCACGAAAUGUCAUGGCCGAUAACUCUGACGAGGACAGCAGGGAAGGAGUGCACCAACCAGAUACUGCGUUUUCGUUUCGCAUAGAUACAGGAAUUUCAGCAAUCAUGUAG